AUGCCACGUAAGCUACGUAAGAAUAUACGUAAGAGGAAGAGAGCAUUGAAACAUCCAAUAGUAAGACUGACACCACAACAACAGUUGCAACAACAAAUGCUGAAUGACCCCACUAUGUUGCAACAAAUGUCAAGCAAUCCUAUGCUUUUAAACCGAGUCAUUGGUGCACAGAGUGGAGGUUUAAGAGCGGCACUUUUAGCGAAAAUGGCAGGCUAUGGUGGAGCUGCAGACGGAACAGCCUAUAACCCUCAAAGUCAAAUGAAUUUGAGUUCACUCAAAAAUCAAAUAACAGAUGUCAAAAAGUCAAACAUAGACAUACAGAAGCAAAUAAGUGAAAACGAAAAGAAACUAGAAUAUGACAGACACACAAAGAAACUCAAUGAGUUAAACGUAGAGAAAAAGAAGAAAGAAGAACAACUGAAAGAACUAAGUACAGAGGAAUAUGCGAAAAAAGUGUCAGAAAAAGCAGCAGAAGUAGCAAAAAUGGAACAAGAUGUCAUAAAUUUGAAAAACCAUACUACUCGAUAUAAAGUACUGAAAGAUGAAGAGAUAAAACAAAAAGCCCUGAAGACAUAUAUGGAUAGCGAUGAGUAUAAAAAAGAAGUUGAAGCAAAUGUAAAGGCAGAAAAACUUUUACAGUUGCAAAACCAAACCGUACAGUAUGAAAACUUAGCACAAGAAAGUAAAAAUAACGACGCGGCUAUGCAAAAGGCAAUGAAAAGCGCAGAA